GUCGCGUCCCAACGACGCCGCUUCACGAGUGCCGGGCCGCACUCCGCCGCGCAGGCGCACCACUCAGCUCCACCAAAACAUAUAACCCCAACCGUGAGCCGUGAUAUAUCAUAAACAUAUACGCAAAAUGUACGUUACGGGAUGGAGCGAGUGAUUUCUGUGUGUACACCUAUCUGCUCUACAUUUGAAGUGAUUAAAAGUGAUAGUGAACGAUUAAGUGAUAACAUACCGUUGAGGACAAUCGAGGUAAAGUGCGCUUAAUUAUAUCAAGAUUCGUGCGGCAUGAGAGCAGCCCCGUCGCGAGCUUAGCGUUUCGGCCUGCGUUUUCGCGGGACCAGAUGCGGGCAGGGAGGACUUAAAGUGCGUGCGGACAAACGACAUGCAUGGUUUGUGAGGUCGGCGCCGCGGCCAUGGACAUGAGCGGAGAGGGCGGCGGCGCGGGCGCGGCGGGCGGGCUGCAGCAGCGCUGGUACGACAGCCGCGUCAACGGCAGCCCCGCGGCCGCCGACGUCGGCUCCGACGCCAACGGCGACGGGUUCUUCCACUCGCCGCUGGAGGGCGGCCACCACAGCCGCGCCCGCUACUACCACCAGCAGAUGCACGGGCCCUACUCGGCCGCGGUCGGCUCCCACGGUCGGUCGCUGAGCGGCGGGAGCGGGCAGGUGUGCAGGCCCCACUUCCACACGCCGCUGCACCCGUGGCUGGACUCCAAGGCGCUGGGCAGCGGCGCGUGGGGCGGCAGCUUCCAGCAGGAGGGGGCUCCCGACAAGCCCCUGUCCCCGGCGCAGCACCCCCACCCGCACCCCCUCUUCUCCUUUCCCCCCACCCCUCCCAAAGACUCCACGCCUGACUCGGUAGCGGCGGCCGCGUUAGGCCAGCAGGACUACCAAGCGGCAGUGGCGCACGCGACGGCCAUGAGCGUCGCCUUCAUGCAGCAGCAGCAGGAGCUGCCCCUCUGCGGCGACGUCAAGCCGAUGAUGGGCGCGCAAAAGCAACGCGAAGGUGCGCAGCCGGACUCGUGUCCCCAGGAGAGUCAGCCCCCCGGGGAGUACAACGCGCAGUACAAUGGCGACUACUACGGCUACCAGGGCAAGGGGUAUAACGGGCAGCAGCAGAAUAAGCCCCGGCCCAACAAGACGCGAACUAGCGCCGCCUGCCAGGAGACAGAGGGCCGAGAGUGCGUGAACUGCGGAGCCACGAGUACUCCGCUGUGGAGACGCGAUGGCACCGGCCACUACCUGUGCAACGCCUGCGGACUCUACUACAAGAUGAAUGGUCAAAACCGUCCUCUAAUCAAGCCAAAGCGAAGAUUGGUGAGUUCUCUCCAGUCAGCGGCGCGGCGGGCAGGCACGUCGUGCGCCAACUGCAAGACCACCACCACUACGCUGUGGCGUCGCAAUCAGAACGGGGAACCCGUCUGCAACGCCUGCGGGCUGUACUACAAGCUGCAUAAUGUAAACCGGCCACUGACGAUGAAGAAGGAGGGCAUACAAACGAGGAACCGCAAGCUCAGCAGUAAGAGCAAGAAGAAGAAGGGGGGAAUGGGCAUGGGGGGAGGGGGGGCUUGUGCGCUCGCCUUGGGGGGAGUCAUGGGGGACAUGAUCAAGCCCUUGGGAGACGCGACGAAGGGCUUCGGUGGAUCGGCUUUCCCGUCGGCUAUGGACUUUGGUCAACACCAAGUGGGUCUGGUGCAUCCUGCAGCGGCGCACAUGUCCCACUGGUACGGCGCCCCCCACCAGGGCUUCGGUCCACCACCGGCUUCGCACAACCCCUACCACCACCACCAUCUAGCCCAGCUCAACUCUAUGACUGGCUGGAGGAGUGAAUACACGUGAUAAGUAAGCUCCCGUCACAGCGUUCCGAUCCGGAGAAGUACCACCUCUGUAACCCACGGUUAACCGCACCAUGCAAUCUGCGGUUAACCGCAAUGAACAACCGUAAACCUGUGGUUGAUCGCGCUCUAUAAUCGUAAACCAGUGGCUAACCAUACUCUACAAACGUAGACCUGCGCUAAACCGUACUCUACAACCGUAAACCUGUGGUUAAUCGCACUCUGCAACCGUAAAGCAGUGGUAAAAAGCACUCUACAACCGUAAACCAGUGGCUAACCACAUUCUACAACCGUAAACUUGUGGCUAACCUACCUAAAAGCGGUUAAUAAGUAGAUGCCAUUCUGUAAACUUAUUGAUAACUGCAUCCCCUGUAACCAUUCGAUGGUAAAACAACCCCGCGCUAAAUCAUAAGACUGUCCAGCAGAAUUGACGUUUAUAGAACAUUUACCGGCACAAACUGACAUAUCCCGGCUUUUGUAUUCCGGUAUUGGUAUCCCAAGUAUUAAGUAGAUGUAAUAUUCUACAUACUAGUGAAAUUGUACAGUAUUAUAACGUUAGUUAAGAUCAGUUAUGUCCGUUUAGACGAUUAUAUAAGUAGGUAUCGUUAACCUGUGUAUUUGUAUAUAUUCUAAGUUAUGCGUUCCUGUAUAGUUUUGUAUUUAAUUUAGUUAGUCUGUGUGAUAACACGUUUUUGUACAUUCAGUUCGGUAGUAUUAAAACGCAAUAGUAACUUAUAAUAGUGGUUAUGUAUGUAAAUAAUCGUGUCAGACGAAAGAACUGAUGUGGAUCACGCGGUCCCGGCGAGGAAUUUCAUAUUUGUACAUUUUGAUUUGUGUUGUAAACCCCGGACUUGUAAAAUUAAGAUAUUGUGUGGCCAUAAAAUGUGUGGUAGUAUUGUCUAUGGAAUUUCAGAAGUGUGCGUUAGGAAUUUCUGAUAAUUUUCAUUACAGGCGAAUGUAGCUUAUCAGAAAUGACGUUGGAAUUUCUUAAAGAAGUUAUGUCAUCAAUUAUGAAAUAUUUUUUAAAAUUUCUGAUUUUUAUGUUACAAAAUAU